AGUACUGGCGCAUUUAUCAAAAGUGAUUUAUUGAAAUAAUCGAUAAUAAGUGUACAAGUGGUGCUUAGGUACUGAAUUGAGUGACGGUGUACAUAUUUGUGAUGAAAGUCUUCAGAGCUAGACUCCAAAAUGGUUCCAAAAACCUUCCUUUUAAUAUAUUUGGCAACAUCCCUACAGUUUGUUUAUUUAAGCAGCGGAUGUCAAAUUGAGGGUAUCACUAACUGGUUGAUACAAGUAGAACAAAGCGUCAUAGAUACUCAAAUUGGCACAUUUUUCGAUAGAAGUACUACUAAUAUUCAAGGUAUAACUAACAUUGCAUACCGCGAUGGCCUCAACCGGGGUCCCUAUAUCGAUGUGGCGUAUCGGGAUUCACGUUUCAUAGUUGGCACUAAAGAUAAUUUCAAAGACUAUGAGGAAUAUGAAACCUCUCAGAGUAUGGGGGUAACCGUCACCUUCAGUUGUACUGGAGGAUCGUCAUCAGUUUUGGUUAUGAUUAUAAAUAUCAUUGACACGAAUAACAAUGCUCCCAGAUUCCUUCCAUCGGACAAUUACGAAUUUUUCGUAAUACCUCCACUGCCACCAGGCUUCACUGUAACUGGAUGUGAAGAUCUAAUAAUUGCUCGAGACAUAGAUCUCACAACACAAAGAGUCGACUUUACGAUCGAGGACAAUCCAUACUUUGAAAUAUUUUAUGAUACAUCUUCAUCAGUUCCGAAAGAAUUUAACGCGGUUCUGAGAGCAAAGAUGUUGAUACGAACGAUACCGGAAUCUCUUAAUUUCAAUAUUACUGCAACGGAUGUUGAUCAAACCGGCGAUCCACCGCUAAGCCAAACAGCCACAGUUCGCAUCACCGCAAAUGAACAAUUCCUAUUGCCUGAAGAAUUAAUAUUCUCGAGAACAUUUUAUAUGAUUAAUUACACGCCUGAGCAUACAUUAAUAAGCGAAGACAGAAUUUAUUUAAGACAAGGAUAUGAUGAUGAAGUGAAAUUCUCUUUUGAAGGGCAAUACUCAAACUAUUUCGACUUGAACUACUCUGGAAAUGAAAUAACGUUUGAAGUUAAGUCACAACUGACUGCAGAAAUUUUAAGAGAAAAUCAAAUAUAUCUCAUUCUUAGAGGAGACAGAGAAAAUACAGCGGGAACUUCGUCUACUAUUAUAAUACAGCUUCCAACAGACACGCCACUUGAACCAGAUGCAUCUUUUGACAAAGUAUUGUACACGGGACGUUUAGAAGAAAAUGUGGUAACUCAUGAGGCUAUAACGAUACAUGAAUACAGUGGAGACAUAACAGUUUCAGGAGAAUAUGGAGACUACUUCACUGCAUCUUUAACAAAUGGAGUAGUGACGGUUCAAGCAACAACUAUUAUACCAACCAACAAUAUAAACUACAUUGCCCUAAAGCUCAUAGCAUCGCAAGAAAGCGCUGUACUUAUUUUGGAUAUUGCCAAGCCAGACACACCAAUUGAACAGGAUGUAACUUUUGACAAAGUAUUAUACUCGGGGCGUUUAGAAGAAAAUGUCGUAACUCAUGAGACUAUAGCGAUACAUGGAUAUAGUGGAGAGAUAACAGUAUCAGGAGAUUAUGCAGACUACUUCACGGCAACUAUAUCAAAUGGAAUAGUGACGGUUCAGGCAACAACUACUAUACCAACCAACAAUAUAAACUACAUUGCCCUAAAGCUCAUAGCAUCGCAAGCUAGCGCAGUACUUCUUUUGGAUAUAAUUCAAUCGGAUUCCCCUGCUCCUCCAUCGGUGAGCUUUACCUCACCCUCGUAUAUUAUUCGGACAAAUGAGGCCCAUACAGGAUUCAUAGGUCAAGUGGUUGCCAAUGCUGACAAUGGAGAAACCGUCAGCUACUCACUGGAGAUAGACAAUGCACAAUUACAGGAACGUCUCUCUAUCAAUGGUAAUGGUGAGAUCCAUUCUUCAGCACCAAUAGAUGUCGGUACCUACAGCUUCCUCGCUGUUGCAACUACAGUCACAACCCGGGUCUCUGCUAGUGCAACGAUUCAGCUAACAGUAGACGCCUCAAGUUCAGUUUUGUGUAACGAUACAAUAACUUUGCCUCCACUGCUGAUCAUUGAACGUUAUGAAGAAGAACCUCAUUUGAACUUGGUACCGCUCGAAGCUUAUCCCGACUGCCAGUAUCAACUCGUAAACAAAUGGCCAAUCGACCAAACCUGGAUAUACGUCGACCAAAACGGUCUACACACCCGUGCCAUAGACAGGGAACACGAAUCUAUUGCCUUCAUGCACGUAUCGCAAGUUCAAGUCGAAUUAAAUUUAUACUGCGACAAUGAACUGAGGAGGAAACGGUCGUUAAACACAGAUGUCGAAAAUGACCCGAAAUCUUACGACUACGGUCCAAAUAAUUGGAUAUUAACCGACAGUAUACAGUAUAACCCGAGACGAUCUUUGGUGAACCUUAUAGUCCUGGAUAUUAAUGAUAAUGCGCCAAUAUUUGUAGGAAAGGAAAACGAACCGAUAACGGUUGGAUAUCCUCGAGGAAGUAUAGAUGAAUUCAUUCUUCCCAGAGCACUCGCUGAAUUAAAAGCAACCGACGCAGAUAUAGGUGAAAAUGCCGAGUUAUUAUACUGGAGUUCAGAUAGCAAUAUAGUUGUGUCACCAGGCACCGGCUCAGUACAUGUACGGAACCCUGUGAACCUUGAAGACAACACUCGCAUCAUUGUUAAAGCCACCGAUAGGAAUGGUAGCGGACUCACCGGCACGAUUGAACUUUUGGUGAAAUUAUUAGAUACAAAUCACAUAGCAGUUGUAUCUGUUCGGAAUGCUUUUGUUAAUGAUGAGAGUAAAGUAUUGGACAAUCUGACUACUGCUGUAGGAUAUGAAAUCAAAGCCCUCAAAUCAACUGUUGUGCCUGAAAGCAAUGAGGAGGACAGUCUUCGUCGUUAUGGACGUAUGUUGCAAGGGAUGAAAGAAAAAUCUAGAAAAAAACGUGAAAUUGAUACAACAGGGGCACUACUCAGACUUUAUAUUUAUGGGCUGAGAAACAGUCAACCUAUUGAUGUCACGCAAUUAAUAAGAGAUCUCAAUAACAAUAAUGUGGUGACUUUUGGCCUAGCGCAAGUUCUAUCGCUGAAAGAUUAUCUAGAAGGUCUCCAGAUAUGUCCUAUUCCAGCCCGUGAAACAGGCUUGUUGGCGGCCACCAUAGCUCUAGCCGUCGCACUAUUCAUCAUCCUUAUAGCUAUUGCUGUAUUGGGUUAUCUCAGAUGGAGAAGGAAGCCACAUUAUGACCAUUUUAGCGAUCAAAACAGUUUAGCAUCUCGAAAUGAGUCUAUUGCAGUUGACAAACCUGAUUUUAUUACAAUACCGCCAGAGAACAUUAAAGUUGAUAAACCUGACUUUAUAACAAUGCCGCCAGACAAUAUUCAAGUUGGGACACCUGAUUUAGUUACAAUAUCUCAGAACAAUAUAGAAGAUAUGAAAAGAAGAGGGAAAAGCCUUGAAGAGCUACUUGAUGCUCCUGAAAAAGGAGUCAAUGAAGUGAUUGUGGAACCAGUGCCCGAAGAGAAGCAGACUCCCAAAACUGUUUCUUAUGAACUUCCAAACGACACAAUCGUUAAUAUAUCAACGACGAAUCCUGAUGGUCCUAUUGUCAUCCAAUCUAUUGAUAAGUUAAAAGACAAUCUAGAUGAAUCAGAGGAUGAUGAUGAAUUUGGUGAAAAGCAGCGUGCCAGACGGAAAUCUGUAGUAACGUUUAAUGAAAAUGUAGAAAAAAUUAUACACUUAGAAGACGGAACCGAUGAUGACUCCGAACCCGAUUUGGAAGUGUAUGAAUUUUAAAGAGUUUUUUUUUAUAUGUAAAUUAUAAUAAAUAUAUUUUUUAA